AUGACUGAUGAUCAAUUGAAGACUCUUUCGGAGUUUUCGACAUGCGACAUUUCUGAUGGUCUUCAAAAUUUGUAUGGUAUCAAAGAUGGUGGCUAUUUUCCUAACUUAUGUCAAAGGUCUGGCCAAGAGAAGACAGGUUCAAUAGCUGGGAAGGCCUUUACAGUUUUAUUUGCUCAUGCCUCAGAUGAGAGACCAAGUAUCAAUUAUAUUGAUGAACUUCCUUCAAAUUCAGUUUUAGUAAUGGCCUACACACCAGAGUUACAAACUUCAGUUGCACCAUACACAUACGUUAACAAUGCAAUUUUUGGAGGAUUAAUGGCCAGAAGAGCACAAAUACAAGGCGUUAAUGGUACUAUAGUUUUUGGUAGAGUUCGUGAUAUCGGAGAAUUUACAGAUUUAAAAUAUCCCGUAUUCAGUUAUGGUUUGGGAGCUGCUGCAUCUAAAGGUGUAGUUAAACCUGUAGCUAUCAAUACAACUCUUUCAAUUGCGACAAGUUCAGAUACUAUUCCUAUUGAUAGUUCGGGUCAGCUAGUGAGCAAAUCGUGCGGUAAGCGUAAGAUUGCAAUGAAUAUUGAUGAUGGGGACUAUAUUGUAUGUGAUGUACACGGUGUGACUCGUAUUCCACACGCAACCGUAGAUUUGGAUCGCCUAAUUACUUACAUCAAGAGUUCAAUUAAAGUUGAUGCCUUAGUUGCAGAAGAUAUUCUAAAAGGGGAGCCAGCUGAAGCUUCCAAAAGAAAACAUAGGGCUUUAUUGGAAAAAUUUAAGGAUUAG